CCUCUGGCUGCUCACUCCCCAGCUGGACGCCGACCUGUCCCCAGCGCGGCCAUGGACACCCUGGGCAGGCUGUUCCUCCUGGCCGCACUGCUGCUGGCCCCCGCCGAGGCCCAGCAGGCCUCAGAGCGCCGCCUGAAGCCCUGGCUGGUGGGCCUCGCCGCCGUAGUGGGCUUCCUGUUCAUCGUCUUCGUGCUCAUGCUGGCCAACCGUGUCUGGUGCUCCAAACCCAGACCAGAUGAAGAGGCCGCAGGCAGAACGGAGCUCAGUGAGAACGAGUACACGGAGAUCAGUAAAAUGAACAAGAAGAAGCAGAAAAAGCAGGUGGACAGGAAGGGUGGUCACAGCAACGAGGCCCUGGAGCUGGAGGAGAAGGAGUCCUCAGACGGCGAGAGAGACAAGAAGACAGCCCUGUGAAGCCUCCUGCAGCCUGGAGGAGCUCCAUCCACUCCACCCAAACCGCAGCCGCUACAGGAAUCCCAGCCGGUGCCACACGAGGAGGCCAGCUCUGCCUGCCAUGUGUCCGCCCCCAUCCAUACCCUCACCAUCGGCCGUGUCCCUCCCCACCCCUCUGCUGUCCACUCCUCACCCCCCUCCUCUGGCGCAUCCAUCCUGCCCCCUGGCAUCCCCUGCCUGUGCCUUUCCUGAUGGCCCCGCACCCCUGAGCCCCUGCGCGGCUCCUGGAGGGCUUUGCCCCUUCCAGCGGGAUUUGUGUCUGGGAGGAGGGACGCUCGCUCUGUGGCCCGUGCUUUCUCAGCCAGGGUCUCUCUUCUCUGGACUCCGCCUCGCUCCGUGGUCACCUGCUUCUGAGGAUGUCCCAGGAAGGGGCGCUUGCUUCGUGUGGCCAGGGGAGGCUGUUUUCGGUGACACUUCCAGCAGAGGCCACCAGGGGGAACCCGCCAGCACUUUCCCUUAAUAAAGGCCCCUAAUGCUCU